GUGUGUACAGAGUAAUAUUGUGUUGCUUACUCAAGCUUUCAGGAGGAAGUUUGUCAUUCCAGAUUUUAUGUCCUUCACUUCCCAUAUUGACGAGCUCUAUGAAAGUGCAAAAAAACAAUCUGGAGGAAAGGUUGCUGACUAUAUCCCACAACUGGCCAAGUUCAGUCCUGAUUUGUGGGGUGUGUCACUUUGCACAGUGGAUGGACAGAGGCAUUCCGUUGGCGAUACCAAAGUUCCGUUUUGUCUUCAGUCCUGUGUCAAGCCUUUGAAAUACGCUAUCGCCGUUAAUGAUCUCGGCACCGAGUACGUGCACAGAUACGUCGGUAAAGAGCCCAGUGGAUUAAGAUUCAACAAAUUGUUCCUGAAUGAAGAUGACAGGCCUCAUAACCCUAUGGUGAAUGCUGGAGCAAUUGUGAUCACAUCUUUAAUCAAGCAAGGAGCAAAUAACGCAGAAAAAUUCGACUACGUGAUGCAAUUCAUGAAUAAAAUGGCUGGCAACGAGUACGUCGGGUUCAGUAACGCUACGUUCCAAUCCGAAAGAGAGAGCGGAGAUCGAAACUUUGCAAUCGGCUAUUACUUGAAAGAAAAAAAGUGCUUUCCUGAAGGCACGGAUAUGGUUGCUAUUCUAGACUUCUAUUUUCAGCUUUGCUCGAUCGAAGUGACCUGCGAGUCGGCGAGCGUGAUGGCAGCGACUCUGGCCAACGGCGGCUUUUGCCCAAUCACCGGUGAGAGAGUGCUGAGUCCCGAAGCUGUCCGGAAUACCUUGAGUUUAAUGCAUUCCUGUGGCAUGUAUGACUUCUCAGGGCAGUUUGCCUUCCACGUUGGUCUUCCUGCGAAAUCUGGAGUUGCUGGUGGGAUUCUUCUGGUCGUUCCGAACGUUAUGGGCUUGAUGUGCUGGUCACCUCCUUUGGACAAGAUGGGCAACAGCGUUAAAGGAAUCCACUUUUGUCAUGAUCUGGUUUCUUUGUGCAAUUUCCACAACUACGAUAAUUUGAGGCACUUUGCCAAAAAACUUGAUCCUCGCAGAGAAGGCGGCGACCAGCGGCAUUCCUUUGGACCAAUGGACUAUGAGAAUCUCCAGCAAGAACUUGCUUUAAAAGAAACAGUAUGGAAAAAAGUGUCACCCGAAUCAAACGAGGACAUCUCCAGAACCGUAGUGUAUAGGAUGGAAGGUCGGGGAGAGCAGAACUAA